UCCCUCCUUUGCCUUCCCUCCCACCAGGCUUUUCUGCUGCUACAAGUGUCCUGGAUCAGACGGACGGACUUCCACAUCCUCACCACGGGCGUCUACACCUACACGACGGACAUGCGCUUCAGCGUGCUGCACCCCGAGGGCUCCGACGACUGGACGCUGCAGAUCAAGUACGCCGAGGAGCGGGACAACGGGACCUACGAAUGUCAGAUGUACACGGGGACAGGUGUUCUCUCGCAGUUUGUUAACCUGCACGUCAACCACCCACGCGCCGCCAUCCUCGGCCCGCUGGAACUACACGUGCAGGAGGGGGACACCAUCACCCUCGUGUGCGUCAUCCAGCAGCAGGGCAAGCCUCCCUUCGUGUUCUGGUACCACGGGGAAAAGAUGGUCAACUACGACGGCAGCAGGAACCGUCUGAGCGUGAUGACCAAGGUGGAGGGCACACGGACCCACUCCAGACUCACCAUCACGGACGCCAGAAGCUGGGACUCGGGGAACUACUCAUGCAUUCCGCCGAACGUCGAGCCCUCCUUCGUCAUGGUCUUCGUCACGGAAGCAGGAGACAACGUGGCGGCGGUACAGAGACGCGGUCACUCCUCGGCCCCGCCCCUGCUGUGCCCCGCCUUCUGGUCCUCCCCCUUCGCCUCCCCCGCCACGCUGCUCCUCGCCGUGGUGGCCAAGGCAGUGCUCGCCCACCUCCUCCCCGCCAGAUGAUUCCCAGGCCUCGAAUCUGCAUUCUAAAGGGACGCCAGCACUCCCUAAUGACGAGCUACAGACACAGCGAACGAGAGAGAACAACAUAUUAAGGGAAACAGAGAGAAGUACAUGCUAAGCGAAACAAAAAAAAAAAAAGUACAGGAACAAAGGGAGAAUGGAAUAAUAACUAGUCAGAGAAAAAGACAAAAGGAAUAAAGAGAUGAAAGGAAGAAAAGUAGCGUAGAAAAAGAAAGAUUGGAAAAACAUGAUCGAGGGAGAAAUGAAAAGGGUAUUAACCAGAGAGACAGACAAAACUACAGAGAGAGAG